AUGACAUCCACCCACCUCACAAGAUGGUAUAUCGAUACCCGCCAUCUAACAAACACAACCGAGGACCUCCCCCUGAUCACCACUUUACAAGAAUCCGACCAAACCGCCGUCCGGAAAUACCUCCGCCUCCCAGAUCGGCACAUGUCUUUGGCGUCAAGUCUGCUCAAAUACCUCUUCAUACAUAGAACAUGCCGCAUCCCCUGGGCCGAGGUGAUUAUAAGUCGGACACCAAAACCGCAUCAAAGGCCAUGCUUUAUCCCUUCUGGUCACGAAAGUCGACCAGCCACACAAAUUCCGGCGGUGGAGUUUAACGUUACCCAUCAAGCUUCAUUUGUUGCGUUGGCGGGAUGUGUUGUGCCGUCAACAGCUGAAACAGAAGUGCAGAGAGAUGGGGCUGCUGCUGCUGCCGCCGCCGCAACCCAAGCAGCAGUUUACUCCACGCCAGAGCCUUCAUCGGCACCCAUCCCCUCUGUGCCACAGGUGGGCAUAGACGUAACCUGCGUCGACGAACCGGGUCGUCGUCGCGACAAAGCCCCUAAGACUCUGAGGGACGUCACAGAUUUCAUUGACAUUUUCAAAGAGGUAUUCUCUCAACGAGAAUUGGAUACCAUGAAAAAAGCCGCCUCCUUCUCAUCAACACGCCCACUCGCAGAGAUCAUAAAAUCUGCCUUGCGUCUAUUCUAUGCAUACUGGGCGCUGAAAGAGGCAUAUAUCAAAAUGACGGGUGAAGCCCUCCUAGCGCCCUGGCUACGAGAACUUGAGUUUACGAAUGUGGUUGCUCCGCCACCUGUCGCGGAUGAUGAGACUGAUAAAUGGGGAGACCCCUAUACUGGUGUUCAGACGUGGCUAUAUGGCAAGAGAGUGGAGGAUGUCAGGGUCGAGUUGGUGGCGUUUGAGGCUGAUUAUAUGGUUGCGACGGCGGCGAGGGGAGCGAACCUGGGUCAAGCUGUCAAGGGGGGUGUGGCUGGGUCAGAGAUGGAUCCGUGGAAGGUGUUGGUGAGCGUUGAUAUUGAGAAGGAUGUGAGGCCAUGUGCGACGGGGGCAUGUCAGUGUUUAGCUUGA